UGCUUUUCUUCUUCAGAAAAUGCGUAGCGCUGCUGAAUCCAGGAGCUCUCUUGUUUUUCUGUGCAACCAUUAUUAUCAGGUAAGGCUUUCAAUCCGUGCUCAAAAUCAUCUCUAUUGUUGUUUUAGCUCUAGAGAGGAUGUGGAAACCCGCGCUAGGUUCUUGAACUCUGUGAGAGAUCAAUGCAGAUCUGGAAGCUUAAGGAAUCUUGAUGAUGCCUUAGGCUUCUUUGAUCGAAUGAUUCACUUGCACCCUUUGCCUUGCGUUGUGGAUUUCAAUCAAUUGCUGAGCGCGAUUGCAAGAAUGAAGCAUUUCUCGAGUGUGAUUACUCUGAUUAAAAAAAUGGAACUGUUAGGAAUUCUUCCCGAUGUUUACACUCUUAAUAUCUUGAUUAAUUGCUUCUGCCAUAUGAACCGGGUGGAUUUUGGGUUCUCCGUCUUGGCAAGAAUUUUUAAACUUGGUUAUCAACCCAACUCUGCAAGUCUAAAUACUCUUGUCAAAGGGCUGUGUCUUCAGGGUAAAAUCAAUCAAGCUGUGAGUUUGGUAGGUGAAAUGAGUAGGAGAGGGUAUGGACCUGAUAUGUUUACCUAUGGAACAAUAAUCAAUGGUUUGUGUAAAAUAGGGGAGACCAGUGUGGCUAUUGAGUUGCUUAAGAAGAUGGAAGAAGCGAAUUUGGAAUUUGAUGUUGUGCACUAUACCACAAUCAUUGACCGUUUAUUCAAGGACAGAUUGCUAACCGAAGCUUUGAACCUUUUCUCUCAAAUGACAAGUAAAGGCAUUCAGCCAGAUCUCUUCACAUACAAUUCCUUAAUCCAGGGCUUAUGCAACCUCCGCCAUUGGAAUGAGGUAACUACACUAUUGAAAGAGAUGGUGCAUAGGAAGACAAUGCCAGAUGUGACAACCUUCACCAUAUUGAUCUCCGCGCUUUGCAAAGAAGGUAUGCUGACAGAGGCAAAAGAAACUUUUGAUGUAAUGAUUCAGAGAGGCCUGGAGCCUAACACAAUUACAUAUACUUCAUUGAUUGAUGGUUAUUGUUUGCAAAGGAGAAUGGAUGAUGCAGUCAAAGCAUUUAAUAUGAUGGUUGAGAAAGGUUGUUCACCUUCUGUUAUUAGCUAUAACAUAUUGAUCAAUGGGUAUUGUAAAAAUAGAAGAAUUGACGAGGCAAUGAGUCUCUUUCACGAAAUGUCUAACAAGGGAGUGAAUCCCAAUGUUGUCACUUACACCACUCUUAUAGGUGGGUUGUGUCGAGUGAAGAGACCUAAGGCUGCCCAAGAGCUACUGCGUAAGAUGCAAACUAUUGGUGAAUAUCCAGAUCUCCUAACUUACUCUGUUCUAUUACAUGGUCUGCUUAAGAACAAAUUUUUUUCUGAAGCAAUGGAAUUGUAUCGGGAGAUGGAAGACAAAAAGUUGUGCAUUACUAUUAGGAUAUACAACAUCUUGAUUGAUGGUAUGUGUACUACUGGAAAACUUAUGACUGCAAAAGAACUUUUUUAUAGUCUUGCUACCAAAGGUUUCAAACCUGAUACUUGCACUUACAAUACAAUUAUCAAAGGGCUUUGCAUAGAGGGUCUACUAAAUGAAGCGAGUGCCCUACUCAAGGAAAUGAUCGAGACAGGUUGCUCACCGAACAACUUCACAUACAACACAAUCAUCCGAGGGCUACUGAAACAUAAUGAGACUUCAAAGGCUAUGGAACUUCUUCAGGUAAUGAUUAGCAAUGGCUUCUCAGCACAUACGACCACUGCAGCCAUGUUAGUUAACCUUUCUUCUGCAAAUCCAACGGAUAAAACACUUAAAGAGAUGCUUCAAAAGCUUCCAUGAAGGCUCUUCGUAUUUUAACAUAAAGAACAUAUUCAACCCUUCACUAGUCAAUCCAUAAUACUUGCUGGAAUUCAUUAUUUUACUUUUUGCAAUGUGAUAUUUCUUUCCAUAUCAUUGAACCCUUUUUUGGUUUUGCUUGAAUUACCUUAUGUACUUUGAUUUUGUUUUCAUCUUUUCAUGACACUAUUUUGGAAACG